AUGAGUGUUCGUUGCGUGGAUUUGGCUCACACAACUCUCAUCGGCGGCUUUUCACAGAUCAUCUCCAAUCGUACUGAAAGCGAUAUAGACCAGACGGAUUCUCGUUCUGCCAGCCUGUACGCGAGCAGUGAUCGACUGAAACACAUCGAGCAAAUGCUACAGGAGCAAAGCUCAAUGCUCACAGAACUGCUUCAACGAAACCAGCCAUCGAACAGUCGUCGUGCUUCCGUAGUUCAUUCGUCCUGUCGCCUGCUCGAACUGCUGCACGCGGCCAGCCCUGCUCUACUACGUGGCCUCUCUGCCUGUCUACUACAGUUAGCCGACGGUCAUCCAUCUCCACCACAUCUGGAGCGUAUUCUCAACGCUAUUUGUGAGAACGAAGGAUCACAACAGCAGCUCGAAUCGGUCACGACUAUCCAAGGAAGCGUUGUUUCUCAGGUACGUCAAGUAUGCCACGAGAACCCGAAGAUAACCGUCGAAGGUCACGGUGCAGCCGGUGGGAAAGUACGGAAUGACCUGGAGCAUCUGGUUUCCAGCAUUAUGCAUGAAGUGAUGGAAAUUCUGGAGCAAUGCGAUGACAUCGAUGAGGAAACGGACGUGUCUUGUGUCGGUCGGCUAAAGAAGAAGAAGCAGAAGAAGAACGGACUGGGCGGCAGAGAUGCAGUGUGCAGUGCAGCGGAGGCGCGUUUCGAGGCGAUAUCGUAUUGCUGCUGA